CAAUCAGAGGCAGGCAGCGCGAGUGCCACUUGAAUGGAUUUUUGUCGGCGAAUAACUUUGCUGCUGGUUUCUCCACACUAGCCCACCGCUCGCAUUUUCUGUCGGUUUGUUCUCCUAUAUGAGAGUCCAAAUUAUACUACAUGGUAUAAGAAGCACUUAGCACCACUCGGAAAAGUCUGUUAGUAGCAAACCCCUGAGGUCUGUCUGUACGGCUUAACUUUUGCAAAGUGGGCGUCCCGAGAUCUUUUGGAAUCUGGAUGGACUAAUAUGAAGAGCCUGAAGGCAAAGUUUAGGAAGAGCGAUGCCCAUGAAUGGAACAAGAAUGACGAGCGUCUCCUCAGUGCAGUGGAGCAUGGGGAGGCAGACAAAGUCACCUCUCUCAUCUCAAAGAAAGGAGCCAGUCCCACCAAGCUUGACAGUGAAGGAAAGUCUGCUCUACAUGUAGCAGCUACUCGAGGUCAGGUGGAGUGCCUUGCAGUCAUCCUGGCUCAUGGGGCUGAUGUUUCUCUGCAGGAUGCUUCAGGGUUUACUGCUUUACACCUUGCUGCCAAAAACAACCAUCCCGAAUGUGUCAGAAAGUUGAUACAGAGUAAGUGUGUGGUUGAUGCUGUGGACAUCUCAGGAAGGACGGCUCUUCAUCACACAUCCGCCAAUGGAAACACUGCGAUAGUUCAUCUUCUGUGCGAGCACAAAUGUCAAGUCAAUCUUAAGGACUUGGAUGGCUUGACGCCCCUUCUUUUGUCAACCAGACAUGCACACGCAGAAGUCUGCCAGAGUUUGGUGGACUGUGGUGCUGACGUCAACGCUUGUGACAAAAACGGCAGAACUGCAGUAAUGUUGGCUAGUGAGAGCAGCUGUCCGGCUGCCGUAGAGCUGCUUGUGCAGAGGGGAGCUGACCUGGGCAUGGUGGACUCGCUGGGUCACGAUGUACUGCAUUACGCCAAACUUUCAGGCAGCAGUGAAGUUCAAACUAUUCUCAAUACAGCUCUCCACAGACAGCAGUCUGAGUCAGGAGCAGAUAAGAGUGCCGCAAGAACCCCUAAGCAUGGUCAAAUGGCUAAGCUAAAUGAGGACAGAAGCUUCACCCCCAAAAAGAGAAAAGCACCUCCUCCUCCCAUUAGCCCACUCCAGUCAGCUGGUAUUGUCUCGCCACCUUUCUUUACUCCAUCUGAAACUCCUCUGUCAAGUAAAAGUGAUUCAUCUAAGAGAUUCAAUUUCAAGGAGGAGGAGCUAAAGAGUGCUGCACUAAAGGAGGAGAUAGAAAAGCUGCACGAAGAAAAGAGCAUGCUGCUCGAGACCAUUGAAGAUCUGAAGCAGAUUGUGGAGCAGACUGAGCCUAAGACAGAGCACUGUGGAAAUGUGGACUCAACACUGAUUGCAGCCCUGCAAGCAAAAAUAUCUUCUCUCUCCCUGGAAAACCAGCAGCUCGCCCAAAUAAUAAAGAAACGUCCAGCUCCCCAAGGAGAGGAAGGCCAGGGGGUAUCCCGUCCAAACAGCAUUGAAUCCAAUGCCUCAUACCACUCCACUCAUGCUGAUUUUGAGCUUUCCAGUGAUGUGCACGUCCACACCGGUGACGAAGAGGAUCUCUCUGAGGUGUCUGCUCUCAGUGGCUCCUCACUCAAACAUGAGAUGGAUGAGAAAGCCAUAAAGUUAUGUGCAGAUGAAGAAAUCGGGCUGUUGCGGGAUGCACUGGAGAGUCUACAGACCAAACUGCAAGAGUCCAGAAUGGAGAAUCACUCCCUUCAGGCCAGACUCAAUACUGACUCUACACUGCAAGAUACCCCAAAAUACCAAGAAGCUUUGCAAGAAUUGCAGGCACUCAAGGAGGUGAGGGAUGAUUUAAAUAGAGAAGAAGACAAUGUGGUGCAGAAGUUUCAGUAUUUGAAGGGCUGCCUGGAGCAAGAGGUAAAAGAACUGAAGGGAAAGUUGGCCAAGUCACAGGAGGAACAAAAGCAGGAUGCUUGUUUGAUAAGGGAUCUUCAGGCUCAGAUUCAGAGCGGUUGUCUAUCCGAGGAUGAGCGUCAAGAAAUGAAGAACACCUACAAUGCUUUGGUGGAGAAUAUUAACCAGGAGAAGGUGCUGUUGAUCGAGAAGUACAAGGAGUCUCAAGAGGAGAUCAAGAUGCUUCAGGAGGCGCUUCGCGGCACUGUGCCCGUUGAGGCCGCUGCCAAAGACUUUGAGGAGAUGAAGGCAGAGCUCAGUGAGAUUAUUGAGGGCCUGCAGAAGAGGCUUUUGGAGCUUUCAAAAUCAUACAGCGAAGCCAAAAGCGAGCUUAGCACUGCCCGCAACCAGCUGCAGGCCAAAGCUUCAGAGCCCGAGGACAAGCCAGAUGUGGUGUGUGUCACCAAGGAGGAGCACGAGCAGAAAAUUCAAGAGCUGGCUUUCAAGAUGAAGGAUGUUCAGAAUGUUCUAAAGGACACGGAGGCCAAGCAUCAAGCGGCACUUAAAGAAAUCACCCAGCUUCAACGAGAUGCUGAGAACCAUGCCCAGGCUUCUGUAGCCAUUGCAGACCACACCCAGGUGGUGGCAUCCUUGGGGAAUGCCAUCAAGAACCUGGAUGCCGAAGUUGAAGUUCUUCAACAGCAGCUUGCCCAGAAGACUUUGCAGGUGGAUGCUUUGCAAAAUAGACUGACAGUUGAGAAGGACGUAACUCCGAAUGAUUCGUUAUCCAGACUGGAAUAUGAGCAAAUGAGGGAGACACUGGAGGGUGAGAUAAGUCACCUGAAUGACCUGCUAAAGGGUGCUCUUUUGAAACAGGAUGAGAUGGCCCUGGAGGUGACGGCUGCGUGGCAGGAAGUAAAAGACAGCAGAAAUGAGAAAGAAGCUGCACAGGAGCUUGCUGUAUGUAGGGAACAGGAAUGCAGGGCAGUAAAUGCAAGGUACAGGGAGGCCCAGGUUGUCAUUGUUCAGCUGAAGAAGCAGGUGGAGAACCAUGUGAAAACUGAGAGAGAGAAAAAUAAAAAGAUUGAUGAGCUAUCAAAGGAGGUUAUCAAGUUGAAAGAUGCUCUGAACAGCCUUUCGCAGCUGUCAUAUACCACCAGCACCCCUAAGAGACAACAGAGCCAGCAGGUGGAUUUACUCCAACAGCAGAUCAAACAACUACAAUAUGAACUUGCUGAGUCUAAGAAACAGCACCAUGAAAUUGUUUCAGUCUACCGAAUGCAUCUUCUCUAUGCUGUGCAGGGUCAGAUGGAUGAAGACGUGCAAAAGGCUUUGAAACAGAUACUUGUAAUGUGCAAAAUGCCAACCGAGGCCAAGUGAAGAAACUGAAACUGUAGUUGUUCAUGAACUGCCAAAAAACAGUGAUCUCAAGUCCAGGAUCCAUCAAUUAACACUACACAUUUAGUCAUUCUGGGCAAUUGAAAUUGCCUUUGGCCAUCCCCACAUAUUAUGGAGAAAUAUUGCGAACUUAAAUGAUUAAUGAAAAGAGGAAACAAUCAAUCCUGCUAAAUGUGCACAAAUUCUCCUUGGUCAUACAGUACCAGACAAAAAAACACAAUCUACAGCACAUUUUCUGAAAUGUAUCCUGAAAACCAUUUCUAUUUUAUUUUUUUAAGAAAUAUGAUCAGUAUUGGAUCUUGUUACAAUGUAAUCAGAAUUAGUUUAUUAGUUUCCAUUAGAAUGCCUAUCAAUAACAAAGUAAGCGCAAUGCACGGUUUAGUACUGUACAUUGGCCUGCAAGGCAGUUCAAUGGUACUCACUUAUGACAACCAUGUUUUCUUUUAAAUGCAGUUGGAGUGCGUGUAUUUUCUAAAAUUGCUACUAGUUGUAGUAUAUGCAUGCUGUGAAAACUGAAGCGGUUCAAUGUUUGUUCUAAGACAUUGUGACCUUUUUGAAUUAUCCACUAUUUCAGGGUAUGUGCUUUGACAAAACGCCCAUGCGCCAAAUGCACUUUCCUUAGACAGUAUUCGGUCUUUCUUUAAAGCCAGCAUUUACCUGCCAUAUCCAGGAUACCUGAUGAGUUAUGUCCAUGUGCCUCUGCUCUUUUCUAUGGCCUAUGGUAAUAUUUUUGAGAAUAUAGCAUUUGAAGCUGCACUAUAUUUCUUUGCAUUAUGCUUUGUUGCUUGGUUAUACCAGGUUCCUGCACUGUAGUAAAAUAUGUUAUUAGUUGUACUAUAGAUUUGUAUUUUCCAGUACAUCCUAAACCUGUAGCCUUUUUAAAUCACAGUAUGUUAAACAAUAACUGUAGUUAGUGAUAUACUAAAAAUGAGUGGCAUACAACAGUGUGGGGUGAGUUCUACCCUAGAACUUAAGUGUAGUUGUGGUUUUGUAACAAAUAAGGUUUUGGUAUGGAUGUGAUGAUGCUAUAUGGGCAGAAUUAAUUUACAUGUAUCAUAAAUUUACAUGUAAAGUGUGAACAGAAUCCCCCACUUUAAGAGUUACCAAACUUUGGGCCACAUAGAGGGUUUUUGACACUAAGCAACAAACACUCUUAUGUAUUAAGAUAUUAAAUUUACAGUUGCACUUGAAAACAUGCUAUUCAUUUGUAGAGCAUGGGGGUAGAUAUGUUAUUUUUAACUAUGCACUAAAGACUAGCUCAUUACUUUAAGUAAAUUGUUGUACUUUCAUGAUUUGAGUUUCAAUAUUGCAUCAACAUCAGACAAUGCAUCACACAGGAUUUGUGUAUGAAAUAGCACUUUUAAGUGCAAUCUUUCGUUAAAUCAGAUUUUGUUGAUCAGCUACCUUUCCAGACAACCUGUUAGUUAAAUGCUGUAGCCAUUUUUUUUUAAGUGCCAAUACAUUACCAAACUUCACUAAGAACAUACUAAAACACAGUAUUUAUAGAUCAAAUGGCAAAUACCACUGUUGUAUGAGAUGAUAAAAUAAUUAAAACACCUGUAAAGUAAAAUAAUCUUGUUGAAUUGCUUCCAUCCAUCUCGGGAAUUUAUAAGUGUCAUAUUUCAUAAUUAGUUUAUAUUUCAUGAAGCUGUUUUUGUUUGUUUUCUUAUGUAUUUGUAUUUGAGUACAAGUUGUUGGCCAAGUAUUUUUGCUUAGUAAUUAAACUAAUGAAUUGGUUCUUAUUUGUCUUCACUGUUGCAAAAAAAAUUCUAAAUGCAUUUUUAAACAUGCUUUCUUUUUAAGUAAUUUGGGGGUUAGGAGUGGGCAUGCUUGAUUUCGAGUUGCUCAUCCUUUUAUCAAACAAAGUUGCUACGACUUCUCCAUUAUUAACACAGAGUGAAACACCAGUAAUUCUACAAUAGCAGCAAUUUUUUUUUUAAUAAAGCUUGUAGGGUUACUACCAAUAUCACUGAUGUCACUGCAUGGCCAUACCCCUAGAAACUUGUUUUACUUAUUAAAAGAAUUAAUCACCCAGA